ACGCUUCGGCAAGCGUUCUGUUUUGACAGACGGGGGCCCGUGUGAAUCAUCCGCUGCGUUUCGGAAAUAUUUCGAUCUUUUUGGCUGCAUUCCAAACGGGUUUUUUCUUCUUCUGCUGGCAAAAAACUGUGCUUUACUCCCUAAUUCGGUGCGUAAAAUGUUACCGCGCGCCCCCGUACGCUUGUGAGAGCCGUUCGUGCUGAGUGUUGUGUCGUGCCUUGUUGUUCCUCCUUUUUCCUUUCCGUGUUGUGUCCGGGUCCAGUGCAUCGCGUUUUCGUCCAGCGAGUAUCAUUGCGAGAAAGAAAGGAAGAAAAAUCAUCACACCCCCUUCGUUCAACCGUUCGGGUCAGGCACGAUCAAUUUGCAACCACUUUUUGAACCUGCUCCAAUCAAGCCGACCGUACCGAGCGGCAGCCCGCUGCACCCUUGCCGGAUGCAGCAGCUCCACGUCGUCCGGCUGUAUCGUACUGCGCUGCUGCAGUAGCACUGCACCCCUUGCACUUGCAUAAACACGCGUCACAGCGGUGCAUUCUAGUUGGUCCCUCGCCACCCCUUUGUGCGUGGGCGCAUCCAGUGACCGUAAGUGCAAAAAGCAGCAGCCCCAGCAGCAGAAGCGAAUGGAUGAAAACCCGGCACCACCGGCGAGCGCGGCCGCCCCCGAUGCAAUGACCGGAACAGAACAGCCGGAGCCCGGCACGUCCGUCGCAUCGCCGGCAGCUGCGGGCAGCCACGAAGACGGGGAAGGUGCAGCAGGAGCAGCAGCCGAACCAUCAGACGGGAGUAGCAAAACGGUGUCGGAACAAAUAGCCUCCCUGCUCUGGGGUGGCAAGAUAAAGCCGGACGUGUUCCGGCGGUGGCUGCAAGGAUUUUCCUUCAGCGACUGUGAGCCGUCCGCACUGGUGCAGCGCGACGGUGGGCCCUGUUGUGUAAUCGCACCGGUCCAGGCGUACCUGCUGAAGAUACUGCUGGCGGAAUCGCCUGCCCACAGCUUCAACGAGCUUACGGCGGACAAAUGCAAAACGCUGCUCAUCCAGGCCGUCUGCCAGAUACUGAUGAAGUGCAAAACGGACGCAUACCGCAUAGUGACGCUGGAGAGCGAAGGUGAGCAGGCCGGCCCGAGCGGCGACCGGGCGGCCGUGCGGCAGGAUGAUGGCACCGGGCACGAACCGAGCGAGGCGCCGGUUGGUCCGGGCGUGGAUACGCACGAUGCCGCCAUGGUGCGCCCGUCCACGGUCCAGCGGACGGCCGGCAGCAGCACCACCGCCACCUGGACGGCCGAAGCGUUCCACGAGCGGAUUCGGUUUCGCGAGCACGCCCACAUCGACGAGGUGCACCAGUUUUACGCACAGAACUACCACGUGCUGACGGACGAGUGCGGCGUGCUGCUGCUGCUGUACACCGUGCUGCAGACCAAGGGGCUGGAGCACAUCCUGUCCGAGAUGUCCGACCCGACCGAGUCGCUCAUACACGACACGUACGGUUGCGGCAGCCAGGCGCUGAUCAACCUGAUGCUGACCGGGCGCGCCGUCCCGCACGUAUGGGACAACGAGCAGGACGUCGGUGGCAUGAAGCUGAAGGGCAUCAACCAGCAGUCGGACAUCGGUUUCAUCACCGUGAUGGAGCAGCUGCAGUACUGCACCGUCGGUUUCUUCUACAAAAAUCCAAAGAACCCGGUCUGGGUGAUGGGGUCCGACACGCACCUGACCGUGCUGUUCAGCCACGAGCGGCGGCUGGUGUCGCCGGAAACGCCCGGCGAGCUCGCGCGCCGCGUCUUCCGCCAGUUCGACCCGGACGGCAGCAACUUCAUACCGGGCCCGGUCCUGCAGGACGUGCUGUGCGCCCUCGAGCUGGUCAGCGAGCCGGAGUACGUGGAGCUGAUGCGCAGCCGGCUCGAUCCGGAAAAUCUCGGCAUCAUCCUGCUGAACGCGUUCAUGAGCGAGUUCUUCCCGGACGAGAAGAAGUCCACCCCGGACACGUUCGAUCUGCUGCACUACAACGGCAUCCCGAACUCGAACUACGGCAGCGUGGUGCAGUACAGCCGCGGCCAGGCGGUGCUGCUCGAGAGCGACGUGCGCAUGUGCAAUCCCUCCGACCCGAUGCUGACCUGUCUGCAAACCAAAUGGCCCACGAUCGAGGUGAACUGGGCCGGCAACCGGACGCCGUCGCUGAACUGAUCAGGGUGCCUGCGCUCGGUGUCCUCGGUGUGUUUUUUUUUUUACUUCCUCUUUUCUUUCCUCCGUUUGUCCUUCCAUUCCCUCCCUGUUCCCGUCAUCCUUGUCCCUCCCCCUCCUUAGUUAAUCUGUUUCCCCGUCGUCGUCGUCGUCGUAAAUAAAGACGAGAAGCGAGCUUGGUAAAGUCGCAUCAAAGACGCGCGCCGCACGUAUUGAACUUUCUAGCCGGGGGAUGCGCCAUUCGCUGCGUGCCCCGCACAUUGCACAUGCUUCAUCUCCGCCUGGUAGUGUUUGUGGAGUCUGUGGCGAAGAAUUUCGUGCACUGUAACGUAUAGUCUGAGCUGGUUAAUGUAUACAAGAGCGUAUUGCGGGCUGGAUGAGAGUUACGAUUAGUUAAUUAGUUUUUUUUUCUCUUCUAUCCUCUUAUUUAACCGCGGUAACCGUUUUGCUUGUUAGACCAAAAAUAUAGGAAGAAAAACGAAAACAAAAAGGGAGAAAAUGAAAAAAAAAAUGCUACCACAACUGAAGAAGAGCUUAUUCAGGACCAGGCCGGGUCAGGUGUAAAUUCCCAACAAGGG